AUGGUCCAUCGUUGAUUGGCUUUUCUCGUUUGUUGCUUCAACGUCGUCGACACAGCACAUUUUCAUAUAAAACUGACUGCGACCGAGAGCAGAGAGUUCAUUCCAUCAGUAGAUUUUGAACGAACAACAGAGAAUGUUACGCUGCUCGUUUAUGCUCGUCGUUUGCGCUGUGGUUGUCGUGACGGAUAACUACGUCGCAGCGCAGAACACCUACUACUAUCGGCCAUCUUCCAACCGCUACAAGACCGUCCCUGCUCAGAAGAAUUCCAUCAACUCGAUCAACUCGAUCGAUGGCGACUCGUUCAAGUCCUUCAACUCGUACAUCAAACCUUACAACCCGUUCGCCAACGGUUGGGAUCGUCCGGCAGUGCAACCGCAAUACAAAUGGAAAUACGAUUCGAUCGAGUCCGACGAAUCCGACGAAGUGUAUCGAAGAUUCGCCAAGAUGACGCAGCCGAUCCAGCCCGUCAUCAAACCGACGUCGUACUACUACAGUUCAGACUCUCGUGAAUCGGAAGAAGUCUACAGGAGAAUUGCCAAACCGAGCAACAGGAAAACGACGUAUUAUCACUCGGAUUCCGAUGAAUCGGACGAAGAUGUUUACAGACGAUUCUUGGCGCCGUAUCGCAGGUUCUAGGAUCGCCUGACGUGAUGCGCCCCUCUCAAUUUUCUUGUUUUCGUGACGGUUUACCUUUCACUUUUUUUUGUUGGUCGAACAGGUCAUCGAAGGUGCACCGCAAUUACAUACCUAAUAGCCCGACACUGGAACGUGUAGUGUGUUUUGCUUGGGAAACUUCGAACGCUGGAAGAUACGGGCACGGUGAUUACAAAUGCGCACCGGUUUUUUUCUUUUCGAACAGUGGAGGAAUUAUUUAAAAGAAACUUCAAAGUUUCCAAACGAAUUUUCAAUGGCUAUAAAAAUGUAUUCGAGUAAUACACCCCAGUGUUGUGACGUAAUUCUGCCACUUGUAUUUUGUAAGCAUUGUAUAAUAAUACACCAUUUAUCUCAA